GUUGCUAGCCACGUUGCUGCGUAUCUAAAUACAGAUCCUUUGAAAUUACGUUUUACGUCAGCACACCUAACAUUCGGCACACCCAGAACCGUCAUCAAAAGAAGCGCUAAUCUAUCAUUAAUAUCGAUGCUUCCAGUAAGAUAUCAAUCUCCUACCUCGGCAAAUAUUAUAUAUUAUGAAAUGUUAGAUUUUAGCAUUGUCGAAUUAGAAACUAUGAUGUUCUUUAAAGUAUACUGGUUAGGAUCAACUUUAAAGGAGAUGGAAGCGAUUGAUAUUCUUCUCCCAAAGAAAGCUAUAAUUGAUGAUUUUUUAGAAGAUAUUUUACGAAAACUAUCAUUGCCAGGACCCACCAGUAAAAUCAGAUUAUUUGAAAUUACGAAUUGCAAGAUUUCAAACGACUAUAAAGGUAAAUUUGACAGUCCAAUAGAUAAAAUACCAGAGCACGCAACAUUAUACGCAGAGGAAAUAUCUCAAGAGGAAAUUGAAAAAAGUAUCUAUGAUAAAGUUGUCCAAGUAUAUCAUUUUACCAAGAAUCCUUCUUGCACACACGGAAUCCCAUUCAAAUUUGUUAUUAAACUUGGCGAGUUUUUUUCAGCGACCAAGUUGCGCCUUCAAACACGUUUAGGAAUGAAUAAAAAUGAUUUUGCAGAAGUAAAAUUUGCAAUCGUACAAGAAGCGGCAUACACAAAACCUAAAUAUAUAGUUCAUGAUAACUCUAUUCUAUCAGAUCAUAAUUGGACACCCAAUACAUAUUUAGGUCUUGAUUAUACGAGCAGAACAGGUUGUGUAGAAAUA